GUGAUUAGCUGGCUUACCAGUUUUCCAACAGGUUGUGUCAACGUUAUCCUUUUCCAAAACGUGCCAAAAUAAGAAAUUUAAAUUUUUAAUAUCUAUUUAAACGAGCUGGUUUGGAUUAACAGCAAAGGAUUGUUUCGCGAGUUAAGAUGGAUACUUGACGCUUUUAAGCCAUAAGAAAAACACGUUUAUAUUCUCUCCUACUGUGAUUCUCCAUUUGAAAUGAUAUGUACGUACGUCGAUUCAAACGAAGGGAAGACCAAAGCAGUUAUUGGCCGGUCACAGUCCCUGCAUGUCAUUAUUUCCCAACAAAAGUUCAAACUCUUCUGUUUGAAAAGACAUUCACUACUUCAUCUUGCUUAGGAAAGAGCUGACGAGGGACCUGUUCAAAGGAGAUAGUAAGUUGUGUAAAAUUCUGUAAAAAUGCUUAGAAUUUUGCCAUUUGUACAUGUCAGUGUUACAGAUGAUAUGACGCUUUUUAGAAGCUGGCGUUUCGGACAGAUAUAAGACUUUCAUAUAAGCGGGGAAUAUAUUUUAACGCGAAAAGCCUUACAAACGCGAAUUAUAUGCGUUCAGCUUCUAAAGAUAUGGAGAUAAUCAUUUUUUAGUGAUUUCAUUCACAAGGCACACGUCAGAUGUCAUGCACACAAUUUCAGUCAUACUUUACGCUAACAGCAACGGUACGCGGUUUUCUUGAACUUAACACAGUUCGCCGAGUGACCGAGAAAAUCCAUAGACAACUUUGAUAUAAUUCGUAUGCUAGGUUGCUUGAAGACGUUGAAUUUUCUUUCUAGGGUACAAGUUACAAUUAGUAAACAGAAUUUAUCUGAACUGACGUCUCUGUUCUCCCAGUCUGGGGGACAUCUCCAUCGCCAAUUUAAAGUAGGUUAAGUGAUAUAAUCUAAACACGAGCACCAGGAUGCAUACCUAUUUUUAUUGACCAACCGUGAGGUCCAGAUGUAACACUGAAAUAUAUAUUGUUCUUGUUCUUUUUUUGUUCAUGCGCGGAGCGUGCACGUACAGUCGAACUGAAAACCACUGGAAUAGUUAGACAAAUUAAUUAGACAUGAUUCGAUUCCCCUGGACUCUGCAUGGAGCAAAAGAGAAAAAAAGAUUACAACGAUUCUUCCCGCCAGGACCACAAUAGGGAGAGAAAUAAAUAGUUUAAUUACAGCUGCUUUGGCAACUUCCAGCUGAUCUCUUGUCAUUUCUUAUCACAAAAUUGUAAUGUGAAAACAUUUCUAGUAGAGGCCUUGUAAACAGACGGAAAUCAGCACAUAAUGUACCAAUUAAAGAGAUCAAAGGAUGGCAAAUUAGAAGUUGUGUAUUAUUUCUUCCUCAUUUGUUCUCCUUGGGGAGCAACGCGUUUCCAGGCAACGAAAAGGGAGGCAGAGGGGAGAGAGCCUGGGAAAGAUGUUGCUUUUCAAUUUGGAUUUUGCUUUAAAACCGGAAGUAAAGAAACAUUAGUUAAUAGAGGCAGUCUGAGUCACGUGUUGCUUGUCAUGUACAAAAGCACUAAGACUAAUGGGGUCGGUAAAUAUCCUUAAGUAAAUAAUUUCUUGUUUUGUCCAUUUUUUAGACUGUUUUCUCAGAACUUGACGGGAGAGCAGUGAAUUGAACAUGCCUCAUCUUAAAGUGAAUGUGAAUGGAAAGAGGUACACUUUAUCUGGCCUGACUCGGAGAACUUGCAGCAAACAGAUCCUAUGCGCAUUGGCCAAAGUUGACGCUGAACUGCAAGCCACUCAAGCGUUCAGAAGCGAACUGCAAAAGGAUACGGCAUCAGGCUCUGGUCUUGAAGAACAAUGCAGCAGACCAAGGAAAGCUCGAGAGUUGAAGAAAAAACUGAGGAGAGAGGAGAAAUGCUCCACUCAUAAGGAGGCAGAGGUGAAAGGAAAAAAUGGAAAGAAAAGUACGGGCCGUAAAACGCGUUCGACAAAUUUAAAAAAGAGCGUGGAAUUGGACAGUAAAGGAAUUCAAACUUCUUGUGGAAUGCUUGAAGCAUUAGAAACAGUUGCCGAGAGUCAACAAAGUUGUUUACCAUCGCAACAUGAGGAAAAGGACUUGAAAGGCGAUGUCGUUGAGAAAUGUUUACCGACCUCAGAGAAUUUAGAGAGAAGUACUUGUGGACACGAAGCCAAACAAGCAGAUAACAAGGGAGCUAGCGUUGAAGAUCAGGCUAAAGAUACUGACCACGAUACAGGAAUUAGCGAGUUACAUUCAGACAGUUCUUUUGAGCUCAACCAAAUGUUACACAAGACGGAAAAGAACGACGUUGGCGAGAGCUCGCAAGAGAAAAAUAUAAACCGCGUAUCACCUGUUACAAUAAAAUGCGCGUCUACGAACACAGAUCCCAUGGAGCCAGUUGACACCACGGACCCGCGCAUGCCAGAAAGUGAGACAUCGAAUUCCCUAGACGAUGGUUUCAUCGUGGCUCAGCUGAUUGGCAGCGAAACCGACGUUGAAACAGACGACGAAUGCACGUGCGUUUAUAUUGAUUCAGGGUCGGAGGAACUUCGAGAGGAAAUCGAAAAGGUUCGUGGUGACUUAAACUUAACAGAGGCGAAAUUGAUUGAGCAAAAUAAAACAAUCGAGACCUUGAAUUGUUUAAUUGGCGCAGAAGAGAUCAACCUGACGGAAUUUUCCAUAACUGCUGACGUCACUGCUGACGUAAACAAACGAAUCGACGAACUCAAACAAUCGAUAAAAUUUAGUAAUCAGUUGUACGAUUAUCAAAAGCUGGAGACGGAAGCUAAUGCACUGGAACUAGACAGGGUUGAAUCCCAAAUAAGGAGAAAGAGAUGGCACGUAGAGUCCCUUUUGAAAGAACUGCACAGCGCGCGGAAAAACUCUCCCAAGGGGGUUGGACAGGGGAGGAGUGUUGACUACUCGAGGGAGGGUACUCUAGUUUAAGACAUUGACAGCAUUUUGAUAUCAGUAUUCAAUUUUGUUACAGUUACAUUUAUAGUCACCCCCAAGUUUCGUUUUCAAGUUAGGUGUCUUUGAGCGAAAAUAUCACUGGCAUUUAAUAAUCUUUAUUCACUGUUCAAGUUUAUUCCACCAUUUGGUGACAUCUGUCGGUCCCUAGCAGAAAAAGAAGCAAACUCUUCUAAAAAAGAUCAUAAAAUAGAAUACACAAGAACACUAGUGUAUAUUGAGAUCAUGACAUAUAGUUACAAUGCGACCAGAAUUAAGUACUCAUUGUGCAUUACAUGAACUAAACUUUCUAGUGCUGUACGACCCAUAAAUAAACAUUUUACAAGUUACUUGUCCCUGUACAUGUCAGUACACGAACUAAGCCCUACGCGCGAGUCCGCAUACCGAAUAAAAACAAAAAACCAUGGAUAUAUGUUCAUUUAGCGUCAUAUUACCGAAGUUGUUUCUCAGCGACGGAGGCGAAACAUAUAGUAGCGUGAAGUUAUGAGAAGCUGCACCGGAUGUAGGAUGUUACGGCAGGAUACAAGCCGAAAUUCCAUGUGCUUUCCAUCUUUCCUUCAUCGAGGUUCGUUAUAAUACUGAGAUCAAUUCACGGCUAAUCUCUGUUAUUACAGAUUCAUGCACCUCAAAGCUUUAGUUCUCUUUCAGUGAAUCAGUUGUACACCUGCAUAGUUAUGUCAAAAAUAUUUAUAUAUCUUUUCAUUGCUUACUUUCUGAACAAAUGCAUACGCUGCAAUUUUUCGUAUAACACGGCCAGUAGAGGUUUAAUGUUUACAGUUACCUUCCUAAAAUGUGUCAGCUACCCUUGUGAAGACGCAAUUGCUUUAUGGUGAGCGCGCUGAUCUCCGGAUCGUGUGGUCCGGGUUCGAGCCCUGGCUGGAGACAUUGUGUUGUGUUCUUGGGCAAGACACUUAACUCCCACAGUGCUUUUCUCCACUCAGUUGUAUAAAUGGGUACCGGUUAAUUUAAUGCUGGGGGUAACCCUGCAGUGGACUAGCAUCCCAUCCAGGGGGAUGUAGAAAUACUCCUUGUCGCUUCAUGCUACUUUACCGUUACGUCACUCAUAAAAUCCUAAUCCAGUAGGCGUGGGUGCAUGCGCACAACUUUGGAGAAGAAGAAAGCGAUCCCACUGUUGCAACGUUACGGGAAACUUGCGCGCAACGGUGUUUGUGGCCGGAGUAGCACGCAGUGGAAUUUACACAUUGUGCGCAAUACUAUAUUGCGUGCCUGCAUCUUAAAGAUUUUCCUAAAAAUGGCAUCUUGAAAACAUUCGUUGUGUUUCAUUAAGUCUCUAUGGAAACAUGGUAUAAAAUAUAUCUCUAGCUUUUAUUUCUCAACAGAAACAGAAACAUAAGUUUACCCCAAAAACGUCAGCGUUUCCAAAGUAUGGGAACACAAGUAAAGGUUUGGAAAACUCUUAACACCGAAAGAAAGUUUAUCCUAAGAUUAGUGUCUCCACAGCGCCCUUUUAAACAUCCACUUAACUCGCCGAACUCUAUGAAAAGAUAGAACCGUUAUCUAUUGAUUUAUUGACCGCUGAAACAAAUGCUUGGCAAAUUUGAAUAACAAAAACAAAAUUAACAUCUUAAAAUUCCCAUAUAACCUUAUGACUUUGGCAUAUCUUUGCUUCGCGGGUACGAAAUUGGCACGAAGAAAUACAAGAUCCGGAACAAUUAUCAGUUGCAAGCAGGAGGUAAGUAGGUUUUUCUGCUUGUCUUUCCUCGUAAUUCAGGCAAACUGACAUAUCUUUUAAACAGCGUUGCAGCAGUAUGGAUGUCUGUUCAAUCGAACCACAUAAGCAGAUAAGACGGUAUCAAGCACCGAUUUGAAAUCAUUGCAAAUCAGUUAUAAUGUACACCUUGUUUGUUUACGUUGUAGCGUGAAAAACAAGUCUUUGUGCUUUUUUAUUAGUACAAAUUUGAUAAUCAUCUUAAGUGAAAGCGUUUUCUGUUAAGAACGUUAAAACGUAAGUUCUCAGCUUCCAGUCUAAAGCCUUUUAAAAACUAAAAUGUAAAAGCGCGAGAUAAAACAUAAUUCUCGCGCUUUUACAUUUUAGUUUUUAAAGGCU